UUUGAACAAAACUCGCAGUUGAGUAUUGAAAAGUGGACAUCCGCUUUCAUGAUAUAUAUGAGCAUUAUGUUUGAACACAACCCUGCUUUAGCACAACAAAUGCUUAAAUAUCUGCGCGAUAUCAGAAUAGCUGCUAGUCGUUCACAUUACUGGUACAAAUACGACGAACAAUUCCGUCUGCGCAAGGUGUCCAACCCAGCUAUGUCUUGGGGUGAUAUACAUAAUGAAUUCUGGCUUCUUUAUGUCACAAAUCAACCAACCAAUUUCAUGUCACAGCAAGGUUCUGAUUCUCAUUUUCAACAACACAACAAACCUAUAACACAUGGGUAUUCUCCAAUCCCAACACAAGCUGAUGUUAAACAAACCUGCAAUACUUACAAUAGGGGUAAAUUCUGCACUUUCUUCCCUAGAUGCCGCUUCAACCAUGCUUGCAGCCAUUGCGGAGGAAAACACCCCAGAGUUACUUGUGCACGAAAAUAAACAUUUGUAUACAUUAGGACACACUCCCAUAAAAAUUCAGGCACUACAAAAACACUCACAGGGUUAUGAACAUUCAAAAUUCUUGCUCAAUGGUUUCAAUUUUGGUUUCAGGCUUCAAUAUCUGGGUCGUAGGAAAGCUCGAAUAAGUAAAAAUUUACCAAGUUUGUAUAAACAUUUGCCCAUAGCAUUUGAAAAAAUCAACAAAGAGUUACAACUCAACAGAGUAGCUGGUCCCUUUCCACAACCCCCUUUUGUAAAUCUUCAAGUUUCCCCCCUUGGGCUAGUACCAAAGAAGGAUGGGGAUAUGCGCCUCAUACAUCAUUUAUCAUAUCCUAACGAGGAUUCCAUAAAUUUUUUCAUUGAUCCCACUGCAUGCUCUGUCAAAUAUUCCAGUAUCGACGAAGCAGCAGACAUGAUUUCAAAGUUAGGGGAGGGCUCUCUUAUGGCCAAGUCAGAUAUAAAGUCCGCAUUUAGACUCUUACCUAUCGCUCCAGGUGAUUUCGACUUGUUGGGUUUCCAGUUAGAAGGUUACUUUUAUUUUGACAAAAUGGUCCCAUUUGGUUCGUCGAUAAGUUGUGCACUGUGGGAAAAAUUUGCUCUUUUCUUGCAUUGGCUCACUCAACAACACACAGGCAACAUCCAUAUUUUACACUACCUGGAUGAUUUUCUCUUCUGCGGACCUAGACAGGAUGUGGUCUGUCAAAAUACACUUGACAAGUUCAAGUCACUCUGUCAAGAACUGGGGGUUCCUAUUGCUUUAGAAAAAACUGUAGAACCAACUACAAAUCUUAUUUUUCUCGGCAUUACUUUCGACACCAACGACAUGACCAUGUCUCUGCCAUCAGACAAAUUACACAAGUUAAAGUCAGUUAUCAAUUCCUUUCUAUCAGCAAAAAAAGUUACUCUUCAAGAACUCCAAUCACUCAUAGGAUUACUCAAUUUUGCUUGUAAGGUGGUAGCUCCCGGACGUGCCUUCUGCAGACGCCUCAUAAAUGCAACUAUUGGAAUUUCAAAACCCCAUCACAGAAUCAGGCUUAACAACAAUAUCAAGCAAGACUUGCGCAUUUGGCAAAUUUUCCUUCAAUCUUACAAUGGUGUUUCUGUUAUACGAACCCAAUUUUUGGAUAGUCAAUCCAUACAGCUCUUCACAGACAGUGCAGGGGGUCAGAAUGGGGGUUUUGGUAUCUAUUUCGGUGGUAGGUGGGCACAUGGAACAUGGCCUCACUCUUGGUUUUUACAGGGUCUUACCAGGGAUAUGACUCUUCUUGAAAUUUUUCCAGUCCUAGUAACAAUUACCAUAUGGCACCAGAGUCUACAAAACUCUAGAAUCCUUUUUCACAUCGACAACACUGCAGUAGUCCAAGUGCUCAAUACACUAACUUCCAAGUCCGAUAGGGUCAUGUAUGUGGUUAGAAAACUUGUUCUUCUGUUACUAAGACACAAUAUUCAAAUCAAAGCAACCUAUAUACACACAAAAGCAAAUUGCAUUGCAGAUGCCUUAUCUCGUUCACAGUGGGCCAGAUUCCGAAGUCUUGCACCGGAGGCGGACCAUUGGCCCACCCCUCUACCACCUCACAUUUGGAACAUUUGGAGCAAGAGGCAUCAAGACUUCUGUACAGAUCUUUGGCCCCAAACACCCACCAGUCUUAUAACACCGCUUUAGCAAAGUUCAAUCAGUUUAGGGCACAGUAUGACUUGGCCCAAAUCUGGCCUGUACCUACAAACCAACUCGUACAUUUCAUUGCUUAUUUAUCAAUCAACAAUUUAUCAUACAGAACUAUAUGUCUAUAUAUAAGUGCAAUGUCCUACCAUCACAAAAUUUUGGGUGCUUUAGACAACACUAGGCAUUUCAUAGUUACCAAGUCUCUCGAGGGUGUCCGGCGGUCAGUCGGUGUCAACAAGGACAUUCGACUCCCCAUUUCAAUCCAAUUAUUUACAAAAAUUAUCCAUUCCCUCAAAUCAGUAUGCCGCUCACCCUAUGAGUCAUUACUUUUUGCGGCAACAUACACUGUUACCUUUUUUGGCUUGUUACGAGUAAGCGAAGUUCUUGCAUUGCAAGCAAAUCACAUUUCUCAAAAUCAGUUGGGUCAGUUUUUCAUUACUAUCAGCUCAUCAAAGACCGACCAAACAGGCAGGAGCUCGGUUGUGCAAAUUCAACAGCUACCUCAGACUCAUUUCUGUCCAUCAUCAACAAUCACUCCAUUCCUCCAAGCUAGACCCCCGAGAAAACCCACUUUAUUUGUUCACAUUGAUGGCUCACCAGUUACACGUUCCCAAUUUCAGGCAGUCUUGGACAAGUCACUCUCUUUUUUACAGGUCAAAGGUCACUACAAGUCUCACAGUUUUCGCAUAGGCAUGGCUACCGAAAUGGCAAAUCAGGGUUUUUCUAAAAAAAAUUCAAGAAUUGGGGAGAUGGACAUCUAAUUCCUUUCUUACUUACAUCCGCCCUCAUAACUCACAUUAGGUUUCCAGUUACAUUCCCAAUUUAUCUAGCACCACUGUAUUUUGGAUAACACUACAUACACACAAUGAAUACAUACAUCAGUAGGACUCAACACUAAUUUUAACAAAGCCUUUUUAGAUUUAUCAGCCUGGAUUGUGGGGUCCUCAAUCCCCUAUUGGGCUGAAAUUGCAGCAGCGGAUAGACCGGGGGGGAAAAACCUUAACCUGCAACCACCUGUAACCAUUCAGUGGAAAGGUAUCCGUGGACUACAAUGGGAAGAUUUCGACAAGACGGUAACAUCAAUGUCAAAAUACCAGACUCCACCAGAAUUCUUCAUCAUUCACCUCGGUUCAAAUGACCUAACCAAAGAUCAAAUGACUUCCAAAUUGUUUUCUGAAAAUGCACAAUGUUCAUUGUAUAGAUUGCAUGCUUUAUGGCCAAAAACAACCCUCAUCUGGUCUGCCAUCCUACCUAGAAGAUAUUGGCAUUUUGCCCCUUUGGGUCUGGGAAACAAAAUCAAUAAAAAGCGGGUCAGAAUUAACAAGUGCAUGAAAAAUUUCAUGGCUGACCAGGUAGGGGGUUGUUACAUCGGCCAUGACCACAACAUCAAGGCAACCGAGCUUGAGUUGUUUCGAUCAGAUGGUACACACCUGUCGAACACUGGUAACAACAUAUAUCUCAACAAUAUUCAAUGCGCUCUACAAUAUUUCAUUGAUGGACAAGGGAACCAGUAUCCAGUGGUUAACUAAAAAGCAACUGUUCACAAUCCCAUGCUUCACAUAUGUACAAUUUUUAUGUUAGUAAUCAGAAAGUUCUGAUGCUUGCCUUGCGCCCAUGAUAGGACCAAUGUUUUGGCCCAAAAUUUUAUUUUACUUCAAAGCAUAAUGUGCUGCCAUACUUGGUUUGGCCUUUGUUUCAUGCUCUUUUAAUUUCAUGUACAACCUAAGGCAAAUAUAAAUAUUAACCGUCUCUGACAA